AAGCCGUUUAGGCGUGGGUGAGGAGUUCCCCCUAGCUUUGGCUUUGAACUUUGCAAUGGCGGCCGCCUCUAGCAUAUGUUUCGAUGACCUGGAGAUCUUUGGCUGGCAGCAGUACGCUGACGCCGCCUCACUGGCAACGGUGCGGUGCCUGUCGUCCGUGCACUCGCUCCGCGCCCGGCCUCACCUGGUGGCGCGCCUGGUGGACUGCACCAGGAGCAAGUGCACGAAGAGCGCGAAGGCGGCCUUGCGUGCACUCGCCUGGGUGGCGUCGAACGAGCCGCCCCAUCGACAGACGCAAGAAGGGUCGCCUCCCAGCCUGGCGUCGAAGCACGGCGGUGAACCUGGCGAUGAACCCAUCGCAGCUGCAAUGGCUUGCCUGGAUCACAAGGGCUUCGGGGUCCGCCGGCUCGCCGUCAUCGCCGUCACCUGGCUCGUGAACCCGCCCUCGUCGGCCAUCAUCGCCGACCUCCUGCGCUGCUUCCGCGAUCCAAGCUGGCAAGUCCGCGACGCCGCCGCGCGCGCCGUGGGCCAGAUGGUCGAGCGCGGCAGCGCGCAGGCCGUGGCCGCUCUGACAGGCCAGCUCGGCGACUACGCGGGCCCCGUGCGCUUCGCCGCCGUGGUCGCGCUCGGGCAGUGCGCCGCCGAGGACGACCAGGCUGUCAUCUCCGCCCUGGCCGGACGUCUGGCGGACCCGUGCAUCUAUGUGCGAAAGGCUGUCGUGAAGGCCCUAAGAUUUGUUGCUCCCAGGCGUGAUGUGGCUCUCAUCUCGAACAUCGCCGUACAUCUAGGAG